AUGUCCAUCCCUAUACAUACCAACGGGACAUCCCCCGUCCGCCGUCGAGAAAAACUCUACCGAGAGCUCAUCCACCGCAAAGCCGUCCUCACCGAUUUUCAACACUUACCCACUGUAAUCUACGACUGGCAAACAGCCGAAGGACCCUACUUUCCCAACAUAUACCAACGACUCGGUGAGGGAAACUCCAACGGGGCACCGCAAAACCUCAUGGAAAUGAGAAUCGAACGCCAUAGACAUCUCAUGGCGUCGAAUUCGAUCAUGCCACUAAUCGCUCCAUAUGAAGUAUAUCACCCGGGCGAUCUCGUAUACAAUGUACGGUAUACCAUCUGCGCCGCGCUCGAAUAUCUAAACCCGGACGGAACGAAAAUGGAACCGCGAGUGGUUCAUGGACCGGAUGCUCACAGUGUUAUUAUACGAACGACAUAUUCGACGCCGCCGCGCACAGCGAUACAGAAUAUUCCGCAUACGGCACCCGGGGGAUUGUAUUCGUGGGAUAAUAUUGGGAUUGAGGCGGUGCAGAAGAUGUUGUAUGCGCAUGGGAUGAUGUUGUUUGGAGCGGAUGGGAAGAGGAGGGUGGUGCCGUUGGAGGAGGAGGUGGUGAAGGACUUGAUGGAGGAGGUGGAGGAGGCGGUGAGGGGGUGUGUGGGGGAGAUGUGGGGGCUGGGGGAGAAUACUAUUGGGUGUGUGGAGGAGGAGGAGAAGUUGGAUAAGGAGAGAGCGUUGAGAUCGAGAUGA